AUGGUCCUGGACUUUGUUGCUGACAUAAAGCUGCUCUCUGCAGCCAUGUUUGACCUGCUGCUUUGUGAAGAGAGUCAGAGGAGCAGCAGCACGGAGGCAUUUCUGAAGAUCACAGUGGACUUCCUGAGGAGAAUAAAGCAGGAGAAGCUGGCUGACCGUCUGCAGAGCAAACUUCCAGCUGCUGUUUGUCAGCGUAACCUUAAAUCUGCACUGAAGAAGACGUUCCAGUGUGUGUUUGAGGGGAUCACUAAAGCAGGAAACCCAACCCUUCUGAAUCAGAUCUACACAGAGCUCUACAUCACAGAGGGAGGGACUGCAGAGGUCAAUGAUGAACAUGAGGUCAGACAGAUUGAAACAGCAUCCAGGAAACCAGACAGACCAGAAACAACAAUCAGACAAGAAGACAUCUUUAAAGCCUCACCUGGAAGAGAUGAACCAAUCAGAACAGUGCUGACAAAGGGAGUGGCUGGCAUUGGGAAAACAGUCUUAACACAGAAAUACACCCUGGACUGGGCUGAAGACAAAGCCAACCAGAACAUCCAGUUCAUAUUUCCAUUCACUUUCAGAGAGCUGAAUGUGCUGAAAGAGGAAAAGUUCAGCUUGGUGGGACUUGUUCAUCACUUCUUUACUGAAACCAAAGAAGCAGGAAUCUGCAGCUUUGAAGACUUCCAGGUUGUGUUCAUCUUUGAUGGUCUGGAUGAGUGUCGACUUCCUCUGGACUUCCACAAAACUACAAUCCUAACUGACCCUAGAAAGUCCACCUCAGUGGAUGUGCUCCUGAUAAACCUCAUCAGGGGGAAACUGCUUCCCUCUGCUCACCUCUGGAUAACCACACGACCCGCAGCAGCCAAUCAGAUCCCUCCUGAGUGUGUUGACAUGGUCACAGAGAUUAGAGGGUUCUUUGACCCACAGAAGGAGGAGUACUUCAGGAAGAGAUUCAGAGAUUCAGAGCAGGCCAGCAGGAUCAUCUCCCACAUCAAGACAUCACGAAGCCUCCACAUCAUGUGCCACAUCCCAGUCUUCUGCUGGAUCACUGCUACAGUUCUGGAGGAUGUGCUGGGAACCAGAGAGGGAGGACAGCUGCCCAAGACCCUCACUGAGAUGUACAUCCACUUCCUGGUGGUUCAGGCCAAAGUGAAGAAGGUCAAGUAUGAUGGAGGAGCUGAGACAGAUCCACACUGGAGUCCAGAGAGCAGGAAGAUGAUUGAGUCUCUGGGAAAACUGGCUUUUGAUCAGCUGCAGAAAGGAAACCUGAUAUUCUAGGAAUCAGACCUGACAGAGUGUGGCAUCGAUAUCAGCGCAGCCUCAGUGUACUCAGGAGUCUUCACACAGAUCUUUAAAGAGGAG